CUUCCGUUCCUCUCUGCUUCCGGAUUUUUUGUUCUUUUUCUGAUUCCAAUUUGUGUUUCUUCAUCCGGGAUGCCGGCCAUGGUGCAACGCAUCGGAUCUACGCACCCCAGGUCCCCAUUCGUCUCGCUCUGGCAGAACCGAUGGCACAGCCGUCCUCGGGUACGACGGCUUCCACCUUGGACGCUGACUAUUUUCUACACGCUGCAUACUAUAGUGGUCUACUUGCUUUGCUCUGUCUUGCCUUCCUUGGUCGGGUGUCUUCCCCAGACCCGUCCGCUCUCGACAAGCCAGGGGCAAACAGGGAUUUCCUGCAAGGCAACGCAGCCAUGCGCGCAAGACCCACCGACCUGGGUGCCAGUGACCGGCUAAGUAGUUUAUUCUAUUCUACAAAUUUAGUGCAGAGGUUAAAUUCCCUUAGGGCGGCUGCCAAGAAAAAGAUGGAUUCAGGAACCAAGCAAGUCCCGAGUCGAGAAACCGACGACAACGAUGACGAGGCAUGGCGGCGCCUAGGGAAUCAAUUGCCAAUCUUGCGAGGCCAGGGCUCCGAUGUCUUUCUCUCCCUCCUGGACCUGCACACUCGACAGGUCUCCCCAUGCUUCCAAGGCAGUAGAAAGACGGUACGGCGGGUACGCAGGCCCAGAUGCAGGGCAGGCUCUCACACCCAUGGCCCCGAGUGUGAUGGUCAAAACGUGUUUCAACCUCGCUGCAUCAGCCUCCUCACUCCUCCUCACCCCCCCCCCUUCACCUCGCCUCGCCUCAACUCUCCGCUGCCCAGUGCAACGUGUCGAUAGCCCCCUGUCCAUCGACGCUGCGCUGCGGCCUGGGGAUGGCGUGAGCCACUUUCGCUUCGAAUGCAGCACGAAAGACGACGACGAUGCCGCCCGAUGGAUGCAGACAAGGGGAGGGGGGUGGGUGGGUCUGAAGGGGCCUGUCCUCGUCGUCGAGACCUGUUCCUCACUUGGUUCUUGGGACGAUCCCAAAGACUGCUUAAAUUCGUGCCGUCCCCUCGCACCCCCUUCCCACUCUCUUUCUGGUCCCUCUUCUUUUAGGAACUCCAUCAACAAACAAUUUUCGAGGCGGGAUUUCUC